UAAUAAAUGAAAUAUACUAUAUAACAUAUAAGGCUUGUUCUCUCUCUCUCCCUCUCUCUCUCUGAUAUUCCUGUAAUUUUGUAGACCAGAUUCUGCAUUUUAUAUUCAUACUCUCUUCAAGUAGAAGAAUUAUUUACCCUCUUAAAGAAGAAUUGUACACUCUUUGUUGAAGAAGAAUUAUAUACACUCUCUUGAAGAUGAAUUAAACACUCUCUUGAGGAAGAAAUGUAUAUGCUCUCUUGAAGAUGAAUAAAACACUCUCUUGAAUAAGAAAUAUACAUUCUCUCUAGAAGAAUUAUACACAUUCUGGCAAAAGAUUUAUGCACCUUCUGGAAAAAUAUUUACUUUCUAGAAAAAUUAUACACUCUGUUGAAGAGUGUUUAUGCCUUUUAGAAGACUUAUACACUCUUUCUUGAAGAAGAACUACACUCUCUUAUAUACUCUCUCUGGAAGGACAAUUAUAUGCUUUGUGAAAGGUUUAUACAGUCUUUUGAAGAAUAAUUAUACACCCUCCAUGGAAUAAAAAUCAUACACUCUCUAUGGAAGACAUUAUACAUGCUCUGUAUACACACACUUGAAAAGAAUUAUAGAUUUUGAAGAUGAAUCAUACACUCUCAGGAAAAACAAUUAUACACUCACUGGAAGAAGAAUUAUACACGCUCUUAAAGAAGGAUUAUACAUACAAUGGAAAAAGAAUUAUACACUCCGUGGAAGAACUGUAUAGCUUUUGUGGAAAAAUUGUAUACACCCUCUGGGAGAAAAAUUAUACAAUUUCUGGAAGAACAAUUAUACAUGCUCUCUGGAGGAAAAAUUAUAUGCUUUUGGGAAUAAGAAUGAUAUACUCUCUAGGAGAAAAAAUAUACACGCUCUGUAAGGAUAACUAUACACUCACUGGUGAAAGAGUUAUACAGACCCUUGAAGAAGAAUUAAACACUCUCUGGGAUAAAAAUUAUACACACUCUGGUAAAAAAAUUAUACAUUCAUUGGAAGAGUUAUGCAUUCACUGGAAGAAGAAUUAUACAUCUUCAGGAAGAAGAAUUAUAAACACACUGGAAGAAGAAUUAUACAACCUUUUGAAAAAGAAUUAUACACACUCUGGAAGAAGAAUUAUAAACACUCGACAAGAAUUAUACAACUUGUUGAAAAAGAAUUAUACACAUUCUCAGAAAAGAGUUAUACAUCCUCUUGAAACUGAAAUAUAUACACCCACUGGAAGCUUAUCUGUCCUCUAAAAACAAGAGGUUACUUCUCUGGAGACUUUUACAAGACUCAAAGACUCGAAAUUGGAAAUGCAAUUAAAGGAAUGAUUAGGAAUGAAACCAAAACUGCGGAAGACUGAUUCAAACUGAAGAUGCAGAAGAAAAGACAAGAAAAUGUA